GUUAAAGAGCUCAUGUAUGACUGCAACUUGAAGAGCCCCUCUGAUCAGAACCUAGUUCCACCAGUUUCCCGAAACCUCUCUCCGUUUUCGAGUCAAUUCAGCGAUCUCCUUCACCUCGGUGUGUAUCAAGUUGCCAACACAUCAUGUCUAGUAUGUCUUUCAAUUGCCAUCUUCAAGCUAACAAUAUUCGAGCACGUUCUAGGAACGCUCUCCCCAUCCAUCCAUCCCUCCAACCACGUCGAUAUCCUGGUGAAAUGUAGCGGACUCAUGGCCUCACGACUAGGCGGGGUGGGAAACAAGACCUUGGACCCUGCGCGAGGACAGAUAGUUGUGGUUCGAAACGAGGAGGGCAAGAUGUUGAACGUCUUUGGAACAGAUGAUGGAGACGACGUAUGUUACAUGGUGACACCAGCGUCAUAUGGGGAUACGAUCCUUGGAGUAUCUCAAAACUCGACCGAGACCUUGCUGUCCGAAUAGUAGUGGGAUUGUGUCCCCAUCUCAGUGAUGGAAAGGGUAUUGAGCAUUUGGACGUUAUCCGGCAUGGAGUGGAACUGCGACCCGUACAAGCAAGGAUUGAAAAGGAGCGUAUUGGACCGGCGUGGGCUGCUAAUUAUGGGGCUGGGGGCGCGGGGUAUCAGUCAUCCUAUGAAUGUUCCCAGGCUGCGAUCAUCCUUAUUGAUCUGGGCUCUGGAAACGCGAGUGGGAUUAUAGCUGUAGUUGUAGCUGUAGCUAUUGUGUAGCGUUGUUGC